CCCCCCGUCAACCCUUCCUUCUCUUUAUUGCACUCAUUUGAAAAGCAGCACACAUCUCAUCAUUAAAAUCGGCUAGUGCACAGGCUAAAGGUUACUCUUCUCUCCCUUCCCGGGGCACUUGGAAACAAAGCAUUGCCAUAGCAACCACUACUGGUGCUCCCUAGAUAAGGCUUGCGGGAACUCUCCGUGCCAGCAGAGGAGAAAGUUUCUACUCCAGUGAACGCUGACUCCCUAUCGCACCUCACCCAGCUCCACUGGUGGCUUCCAAAGCCACCAUUCCACCCCCUUCAGUGAUGUCAACUGAAUAUGUACAAACACCGCGUGAGAUCUCCGAAGACAGACUCGAGGGGCGAGACAGUCGCUGCAGCCACUUAAGCCAGCCUUAUGCAGAUGAUCUUUCUGAACAGUUACUUAAAAGCUGUGAACUCAAAAAGAUACCAAGAAAGGGGACAGUUCUGCAAGUCUCUCAAAAAAGUGACCUGGAGCAAAAAAAACCAAAAAGAAAAGAUACGCCAGCAAUCCAUACUCCACCACCCAUACCAGGUAUCCUUUCAGAUCACUUAGUCAGAAGGUGUGACAUCUCUGGGAAACUCCCAACAAGUCACACCACUCCAGCACUCCAAAAAUCAGAUGAUGAACAGAAAAAACCGAGGAGAAAAAAUACACCCGCGUUCAAUGCACCACCUCGACUUGCCGGUGUCAAACUACUUAAAGAUGGUGAGCAGGCAGUGAUUGUUGAAGAUGAAGAAACGGAUGCUGAAACUUUGCCUUUCUAAUUUCAUGUCAUAUUGCCAAGCUUUUCUGUAAAUAAUUCUAUGUAAUUAAGGGGUAGCAUUAUUUUUAAAAAAACAGCUUGUUUUCUUUCGAAUGAAAGAAACAACCCAAACGGUCUACAUACUUACCACGUACUGCUGCUGAGG